AUGCUGUUCGUCAUGAAUCAUCAUCAGCAUCAUCAUCAAGAAUCGACACCAUUGAACUUGCAUGAUUAUUCAUCCUCUGCAAGUCAACACGACGACUCGAGUCAGCAAACAUUUUCCAGUACUAGUGACUUGCAUGCGUCUCCUAAACGAACUGUUUCUCCAAGACAGCAGCAACCACAACCACACAAAAGAAGCACUUCCAAGUCUUUGGACACUUCUCCUCCAUCUUCUUCGGGAGUUCACAAAACUUACAAAAUGUCCAACGCAUUGACAGCAUCCCCACAACUUGUUAAAAACACUUCACAACAACAACUCUCUAUGGAUUUGGCAUCAGCAACACCACAUGCACCAGAUGACAAAUUCAGUCGACCUCUUCUAAAGAAUGAAACAGUUCUCUGUGAAAAGAAUCCAAAUUUCAAAGAAAAUUAUUUCGUCUUUGAAAAGAAGAAGGAGAAAACACCACUCGCUUUUUAUAACAUUUCUGUGAAUGACAUUUUGAGUGGUGGUGUGAAAUCCAUUGGAAACAUGAGUGCUACUGCAACACAACAGAAUUCUCAAAAGCAGAAAAAGAAGAACAAGUUGAAUCAAGCCGCUCAACAACAUGUAUUCGUAUUGAAUAACUCCUCUCCAACUGCAUCAUCUUUGAAAGGCAGAAGAACACAUUCCUCAAAACAUUCUUCUUCUUCGGGUCAUUCUUCAUCGUCGUCUUCGUCUUCUAAUGAAUUGGAUUCCCCAACUGAAAUUUCAACAAACACCACUGCUCCAACCUCUUCCCAUCCCAUGUUUCAUGUUGGUUCCGUGGUGACACCUCAGUUUGUACCAUUUUCAAAUCCACAUGUCAUGCAAGCAAAUUCUCAACAUGUGUUCAACACUCAAAAUUUUAGUGGAAAUGUGUUGAAUGUACAACCUCCAUUGAAUGCUGUUUCAAUGACGCCGAAUGUUUUCAUUCCAUCCACUCCUUCAACAUGCUUGAUGUCAAAUGCAUCGCACAUACAGCAGAAUGUAACAAAUUCACAGAAUUCUCUCUUGCAAAAUGCACUCGUUUUGCAGCACAAUCAUGCAUCGUCAUCUUCAAUGAAUGGCAUGGACAAUUUAAUGACACAAUUGGAUCAAAGUCUGAGACAACAAUUAGCUCAGAAUGGCUUACAACAAGAUGCAGCGGUUUCCAUAUGGCAACAACCUACUCAUCAAGAAUAUAAUAUUUAUCCAUCCAAUAUUUCUCCAAGUUCAUCUGUCACUUGCCAACCAACAUUUACCCUCAAUUCUACUCCAAUAAUUUCCUCUCAAUCUUCUCCUUUCAUUGUGAUGAAUUCAUUCCAAUCUCCAAUGAAUAAUAACAAUAUAUUCAUGAACUCUCCAUCUUCCCAUCGAAACCCUUCCUCAUCUACCAACGCUAGAAUUACUAUUAAUGUAAAUAAUUUUUCUACCCCUUCAACAACAUCAUCCAUAACUCAUCGUUUAGAAAGUGAUUUGAAAGAGAGUUCUAAAGAAGAUGAUUCGCCAAUUUCGAGUGUAAUGUCUCAAUUACUUGAAGUGACCAUGAAACAGCAACAACAGAAUUUUGCACUUGCUCCUCAAGAAACCACAAACCUCCUUCGCAAUUGA